AUGGAGAGCCACGUGGAUUUGAAAUCGAUGUAUACUGAUCUUGUGAAGAACCUGAAUUGUGCGAUCUGUCAGGAUGUACUGAAAGAUGCUAGGGAUCUAUCAUGUGGCCAUACCUACUGCCUGGGAUGUCUUCAAGAGCUGGUAGCCAUAAAUGGUUGGACGUCUAAAAUCAAAUGCUGUGUCUGCCAAAAGGAAACCCGUAUCCCCUCCUCGGGCUUGAACAGUCUGAAGCAGAACUACAAGCUCAACUGCAUUCUCGAUGAGCAGGCAGUUAUCAUGAAAAGAAUGAACGCCCAAAAGGCCUCUGCCAAACCGACACAGCAACGGGGAACCACUUACGUAACGGAAACACUGCAGAUCUAUGUGCAUAACCUCGAAGGCAAGUCGCUAUCCUUCUAUGUUCGCUUGUCAGACACGGUAGACGCCCUUAAGCAACAGGUCGCGGAUAAGAGCGGCAUCCCAGCCAAUGUACAGCGUCUGAUUUAUCAAGGCAAGCAGCUAGAAGGCUCAACGACUCUGGAGAAGUAUGACAUAGAGAAAGGCUCUAACAUCCAGCUCACACUUCCUGGCAUGGGAGGGCACAUGACCCAAUAAAUCGCGUUGUCUUUAAUAGAGAUGAGUUCCCAGCAUGUCGUGAAGUGAAUGGUAUAUAACCUUAAAAAACUAUUGUGUAAUGUGUUAUUGCCAAAUGAUCUAUUCUUUAUUGUCCGAAUUUUCGAAUGCAACUCGUAUCCUUGACAGAGAAUUCAUACAAAAACUGAAUUAUUACAAAUAUCAAGAUGUUUUGUAAUAUAGUUUGUCCAUUCAUAACAUUCCUAUGUAAGUUGUCAAAACUAUGAUUAUUGGCAAUAUUUGGAAAUAAUGCAUCAUAUAGUCGUUCUUUCUGCUGGCUCAAAUCUUGGUAAUAAAUUCAUCCGAAUUGAAAAUUGUACACAUGAUUCAUGUGUUGGUGUUACCAAAGCUAAAAACUAAAAGAUAUUUUGGCGCUUUCUCUUCUGCAUUUUCUGCAGAUGUGUUUAUGAUUCGAGAAUAUUAUUUUUCUAGAUUUAAACGUGUCAAAUUUAAUAUUAAGGCAACUUGGAAAACCAUUAAUGAAAGUUCGGGAAAAAUGCAAUGUGAUUUUAUUGAACAAAAUGGUAGACAGAUACAUGAUAAACAAGCCAUUGUCCAAGCAUUAAAUAACUUUUGAGUACUUUUUGUAGGGACACUGUAAAUAGUCUACAUGAUGCCUCCGUUGAUUUCUUGCAUUAUUUUAAAACCUAAAAGAGACUUUUCAAAUUCUACAUUUAAGAAACCAGUUGAGAUUUUGGAAAUAUUUAAAAUUGUUAAAAAACUUGAAUCAUGUAAAACCCCAGGAUAUGAUGAUGUUAAUAUUGCCGUUCUAAAGAAUCUAUUGCUACAUACCGCUGUAGGGCCAAGCAUUAUGGUUCAAGACAUGGCCACACAAAGGAUUACUUUUCUGUUGGGAAUCGGGGCAAAAUGUACUGAUUUAUUGAUGAUAAAUUGCAGUUUGUUUGUGUUUUGUAUUUGAGGGGGCGGCGACGUA